AUGAGAGGUAAAUUUAACUCUAAAUCGGAUGUCUGGUCGUUUGCGGUAACACUAUGGGAAAUAUUAACUUUUGCGCGUAAACAACCAUAUGAACAUUUAAAUGAUGCUAAAGUUAUAGAAAAUAUUGGACAUAUCUAUCAAGAUGAUAAUCAAUAUCAACUAUUACCUAUACCGGCGAAUUGUCCUCGAGAAAUUUAUGAUUUAAUGUGUGAGUGUUGGCAACGCAAUGAAGCAAAUCGUCCUAAUUUUAGAGAAAUACAUUUGUUUUUACAAAGAAAAAAUUUAGGAUUUAAACCAACCUUAAUGACUUAUUAAAUUAUAGUUACGAAUUUAACACUUACAACAAAAAAACAACAAAUAUCACUAAUGGAAAAUGAAAAUAUCAAUUAUGAAUUGAUUUUUUUUUGUAAAAUUUAAAAAGAAAAACUAAAUAAAAAAAGGAAUUACUAUAAAUUAAGCUAAUUGUUUUUAGAAAGAUUUUUUAAACUUAAGCUUUUAGUAAGAGUUUAGUUUUAGGCAUUAAAUAAACCAAAAAAGUAAAGUCUACUUUUAGGCUUAACAAAAAUGUUUACUAAAAUAAAUGUAAACAAAAAUUCUAAAAAAUUAACAAAAAAAAACAAAUUAAAAUUAAACUUAAAAAUUAAAUGUAAAUUAAAAAAAAUCCUUUACUUACAAAGGUUUAAAUAACAAACACAGUUUGUAUUAAGCAAUCGCCCUAAAUAGUUGUAUUAAUCAUAAGUUAUUAAAAGAAAUCGCUUCAACCUAACCUUAACCACUCCAUUUAAGUUUGUAUAUAAUCAUUUACUAAGUUUCUUUUCCAUCAAAUUACAUCUAAAUGUAUUUUCUUUCUAAAUGUGUCAUAAAUUAAGUACCUCUAACAACAAAAAAAGAAAAAAAAACUAUAUCCUACUAUUGACCUGUCAUUUCACUCACUUAAAUAUAUACACCACAAAAAACACAAACAAAAAAUGUCUAAAAAAAAACAUAUAUCCUAUAAAACAAAACAUAAACCUCAUAUUGAAAUCCUUAAAAAAACACAAAAUGAAAACUUAAAAAGCAAAAAAAAAAUCCAUUUAUUUUUUAGGUUUUAUCGGUAUAAUCACCUAUAUAUAGUCAUAUAAAUCUAAAAAAAUCUAAAAUCUUCUAACUUAUAACUCUAAUAUCUAAAACCUGCAUAUUCACGUUUUUGACAAUAACUGUUUUUUAGAUGAAAAACUAUUGAAAUGUCUGAUUUCUAAAAUAAAUUUUUAGUUUUUUUUUAAUUAAAAAUAUCGUCGUCAUACGUUUUUAAAGCUUCUAGGGGUUGUUUUAUUGAAUAAUUUCAAUUUGAAUAUUUUAUUGAAAAUACACACAUACAUAUAAUGGACAUUAUACAUAUAAUGGACAUUUCCACACUAAACCAUUUCUCUUCUAGU